AUGGCUGCCAGAACACUUAGAAUAGGUCUCAUUCCCGGAGACGGUAUCGGACGGGAAGUCAUUCCGGCCGGUCGACGACUUUUGGAAUCUCUUCCCACCUCAUUGGGUCUGAAGUUCUCUUUCGUUGACCUCGAUGCUGGCUUCGAUACGUUCAAGCAGACCGGUAGUGCGCUACCCGACAAGACGGUCGAUACCUUGAAGAAGGAGUGCGAUGGUGCUUUGUUCGGUGCAGUUAGCUCCCCAAGUACCAAAGUCGCUGGCUACUCCUCCCCCAUCGUCGCCCUCCGCAAGCGCCUCGACCUCUACGCCAAUGUCCGCCCCGUUAAGACCACCGCCGGCGGUAGCGCAACCGGCUCCCCCAUCGACCUUGUAAUCGUCCGCGAAAACACCGAAGAUCUGUACGUGAAGGAAGAAAAGACAACCGAAGGCCCCAACGGCAAGGUUGCCGAGGCUAUCAAGCGUAUCUCGGAACGCGCCUCUUCCCGCAUCGCUACCAUGGCCGGAGAAAUCGCUCUUCGACGACAGAAGAUUCGUCAGGUGUCUCCCGGAACAUCGCACUUGUCCAAGCCCAUGGUUACUAUCACCCACAAAUCGAAUGUCUUGUCUCAGACCGAUGGCCUUUUCCGUGAAACUGCCCGCAAGGCCCUCGCAGACUCAAAGUAUAGCACUGUCGAGAUCGAGGAGCAAAUCGUCGAUUCUAUGGUUUACAAGCUCUUCCGUCAACCUGGUUACUAUGAUGUCAUUGUUGCCCCUAACCUGUACGGUGAUAUCUUGUCCGACGGUGCUGCCGCGCUUGUCGGUAGCUUGGGUCUCGUUCCCAGUGCCAAUGUUGGUGAUGGAUUCGCUAUUGGUGAGCCUUGCCACGGAAGUGCUCCCGAUAUUGAAGGAAAGGGUAUUGCCAACCCCAUCGCUACUCUGCGUAGUGUGGCGCUUAUGCUUGAGUUCCUUGGUGAGGAGCCUGCUGCCGCCAAGAUUUAUGCUGCUGUUGAUGGCAACCUUGAUGAGGGCAAGUAUCUUUCUCCCGAUCUUGGUGGAAAGGCUACUACCCAGGAAGUUCUUGAUGAUGUUUUGAAGAGAUUGUAA